GUUUCUUGCGAAGAAACUGGAAAGAAGACUGGUAGAGAAGCCUUAUGAAAGGUAGCUAGUUCUGUACCAAAAAUAAGAAACGCACACAAAAGAAAAACAAACAGACAGACAAAAUGCAACAAAAACAAAACAAUAAUGGUUUUGAUGAGAAAUUUCCAUUUUACAAAAUUAACCCAGAAAAGAUUUGAAAGACAGAAAACUGAAAGACAGCAAGCUGCUUGGUGUUUCCUUUUUCUUUUUUUGUUUUUUGUCAUUUUAAUUUUGGUCUUGUCUGUUUUUCCUUGGCAUAGGAUUAAGAGUAUGUGGGUCUAUGAUCAUUAAUGAUUAUAUAAGUGAAACACAUUUCAGAUGAGGUAGUUGCAUAGGUAGGAAAAGAAACAGAUGGUUUUGUUAUAACCUUUAUAUAACCAGAGGGCAGAGAAGAGCUUGUUGUGUUUGCAGGAAACUGAGGAGAUAAACAGAAAGAAAGAUAUUGGCAAUCUCCAAUUCUCAAUUGGGUUGAAGGAGGUCCACUUAGAAUUAUAUAUUGAGAAUGGUUGGGUAUAUGAUAAAGACAGAGAUGGCUGAAGAUUUAGGAAUAAUAGGAGGCUUAAUAGCGGUGCAAUUUGUAUAUGCAGGGAAUUCAGUUUUCUUGAGUUAUUUAAUGUCUCUUGGUUUCACCCCUUUCACCAUUGUUAUCUUCACUACCUUUGCCACCUUUCUCAUCACCUCUCCUGCUGCUGUUUAUUUUGAAAGAAGGAAAUGGCCCAAAGAACUCACUUGCAAGUUGAUGAUUCAACUCCUCUUGAUCUCUUUUGCUGGGGUAACGCUGUUUCAAUCCUUAUUCUUAAAGGGGAUUAAGCUAACGUCGCCAGCGCUGGCAACGGCGAUGCCAAACCUUGCUCCUGGAUUGAUAUUCCUUAUUGCUUGGACAGUAAGGUUAGAGAAAGUUAGUCUAAGCUGCACGUACAGCAAAAUCAAGAUUGUAGGCACAUUGUUGUGUGUAUUAGGUGCCCUGACAAUGAGCCUAAUGCACAGCGCCAAACCAGCAAAAAAUGCAGACCCAUUAAUUCCCCCAGUCGAUGCAAUCUUUGAUAAGCAGAAGAUGAUAGGCUGCUUAUAUCUCAUGGCAGCUGUUUUUGUUCUAUCAAGCAAUGUUGUAUUGCAGGCUUCGACUUUGGGUGAUUUUCCUGCACCGAUGUCACUAUGUGCUAUAACAUCCUUGAUUGGUGUAGUUAUAACAGCAAUGGUUGAAUGGUUUCAAGAUUCCAAUUUUGGAAUUACUUGGCCUCUUAUAAGUCUUGGGAACCUCAUUGGCUACUCUUUAGUGGCAGGUGCCGUUGGGGGAGCAUGUGUAAGCUUCAAUGGAUGGGCAAUGAGGAAAAGAGGUCCCGUUUUAGUCUCCAUGUUUAGCCCCAUUGGAACAGUCAUCUCCGUUGUUCUCUCUAUCGUUACCUUAGGCGAGACAAUUAGAAUAGGAAGCCUCGCUGGUAUGCUCUUGAUGUUUACUGGUCUAUACUUUGUGCUAUGGGCUAAAGGAAAAGAAGGUUACCUUGACGCAGUUGCCAUGGAAAGGUAUAACAAAGGAGAAUAUGUCAGAAUUCGAGAGGAUGACUUGGCUAUUUGAUUGUAAAAAGAUAUA